AUGGUUGCAUUCGGAGCGUUGAGAACGCUGCUGCUGUCGUGUUUGGCUGUGCAAACAAUUGCGCUGGCUACUGGUGAAAAGUCGACACAGUUCAUCAAGCCUUACAAAAGGGAGGUUCUGCAGGACAUUGUGACCUGGGAUGAGCACUCGUUGUUUGUACGCGGUGAGCGCGUUCUCUUCCUAAGCGGCGAGUUCCACCCGUACAGACUUCCGGUACCAGGCCUGUGGCUGGAUAUCUUCCAGAAAAUCAAGGCAUUGGGCUUCAAUGGCUGCUCCUUCUACAUCGACUGGGCCUUGCUGGAAGGGAAGCCGGGAAACUUCUCUGCCGAAGGCGUCUUUGCCUUUGAGCCUUUCUUCGAAGCGGCCACACAAGCAGGAAUAUACCUCCUUGCACGACCUGGGCCGUACAUCAACGCCGAGGUCUCCGGAGGCGGCUUUCCUGGCUGGCUACAGAGGAUCAAGGGCAUCCUUCGGACUGCUGAUCCGGACUAUCUUCACGCAACCGAUCUCUACGCAAAAUCAGUUGGAGAAAUUAUUGCCAAAGCCCAAAUCACCAACGGCGGACCCAUCAUCUUGAUGCAGCCUGAGAACGAGUACACUGGAGCUACAGACAACGUCAAGUUCCCUGACCCGGCUUAUUUCGGCUAUGUUGAGGAUCAAUUCCGAGAUGCGGGAGUCGUAGUGCCCUUUAUUAGCAACGACGCGAGUCCCGCCGGUAACUUUGUGCCUGGUUCUGUGUCUGGUGUCGACAUUUAUGGCCACGACGGAUACCCGCUUGGGUUCGACUGCGCGAACCCGUAUACUUGGCCCGAUGGUUCAUUGCCGACGAAUUAUGGGACGUUGCACCUGGAAGAGAGCCCUACUACACCAUAUUCAAUCGUCGAGUUUCAAGGUGGUUCCUUUGAUCCGUGGGGUGGCCUAGGGUUUGAUCAAUGCGCCGAGCUGCUGAACUACGAGUUUGAGCGUGUCUUCUACAAGAACGACUUUAGUUUCGGAGUGACGAUUCUGAAUCUCUACAUGAUUUUCGGCGGCACCAACUGGGGAAACCUUGGGCACCCCGGAGGCUAUACGUCGUAUGACUAUGGAUCGGUUAUCCGAGAGAACCGGCUUGUGGACCGCGAAAAGUACAGUGAAUUGAAGCUGGAAGCCAAUUUUCUGAUGGCUUCACCGGCAUAUCUGACUGCUACCCCGGGCGGCAAUGCUACAAAUAGCAGCAGCUAUACCAGCUCGCCAGCACUUGCAAUAACGCCGCUGUUUGGCAAUCCUACCAAUUUCUACGUCGUUAGGCAUGCGGCUUACAACUCGCUCGACUCUACGCCAUACAAAUUGAUUUUUCCAACGUCGGCUGGAAAUAUUACCGUCCCGCAACUCAACGGCACCCUCACACUGAACGGCCGCGACUCGAAAAUCCACGUGAGCGACUACUCAGUCGGUGACUACAAUCUUCUGUACUCAUCUGCUGAGAUAUUUACCUGGAAGAAGUAUUCUUCCAGUACCGUGCUCGUGGUCUAUGGCGGACCAGGCGAGCACCACGAAUUGGCGUUUUCCAAUGCUACACAUGCUGCCGCGGUAGAAGGGUCUGGCGUCACUAUUGCUUACAAGAGUGGCUUGGUGAUCUUGAACUGGGCUGUCUCGCCGUCCCGCAAGGUAGUCAAGGUUGACGAGGACCUCUACGUCUACAUUCUUGACCGCAACUCUGCAUACGACUACUGGGUCCUUGAGACGUCGUCUGUCGCCGGGGCCACUCCUUUGGUUGCCAGCAAUGGCAGCAGCAGCCAUUCGGGCGUGAUAGUGAAGGCUGGAUAUCUGUUGCGCAAUGCGACAGUCACUGGAAGUACUCUGGCGCUCUCGGGUGACCUCAACACUACAACUUCCCUGGAGAUCAUUGGCGGUGCGCCAAGCUCGCUGAGCAAACUGAGCUUCAACGGAGCGUCCAUCCCCUUCAACCAGUCAAGUAAAGGCUCAGUCCUGGCCACUUUGGCUUACAAGGAACCGGUCGUAGAACUUCCGGACCUCGCUUCACUCGAGUGGAAGUACUUUGACAGUCUUCCUGAGGUCGGCUCAGACUACUCCGACGAAGCCUGGACACUCGCUUCAAACACAUACACCAACAACACGGUCCGCAACCUGACAACGCCAACGAGCCUUUACGCUAGCGACUAUGGCUACCACACCGGCACUCUGCUCUUACGCGGCCACUUCACCGCCAUCGGCAAUGAGUCCAGCCUUGCUCUCGAAACGCAAGGUGGCUCUGCCUUUGGUAUGUCUGCGUGGCUCAACGGUACGUACCUCGGCUCCUACGCCGGCAUUGACGCCGCCGCCAGCGCCAACAGCACCUUCACACUGCCCGCCCUCUCCGCCGGCGAGUCCUACGUCCUCACCGUCGUCAUCGACAACAUGAGCCUCGACGAGGACUGGACCGUCGGCACCGACGACAUGAAGAACCCGCGCGGCAUCCUCGCCUACAGCCUCGCCGGUCAUCACGCCACCGAUAUCGUCUGGAAGCUGACGGGCAACCUCGGCGGCGAGGACUACGCCGACCACGCGCGCGGUCCGCUCAAUGAGGGCGGCCUCGCCGCCGAGCGCCGUGGCUACCACCUCCCAGCGCCGCCCGUCGCCGCCUGGCCCGCCGUCGCUGGCGGCCCGCUCGCCGGUCUGGACGCCGCCGGCAUCGCCUUCUACGCCACGGGCUUCGACCUCGACCUCCCGGCCGGCUACGACAUUCCGCUUUCGUUUGUCUUUGCCAAUGCCAGCGCCAGCGACAGUGUCAACGCCAGCACCGCGUACCGCGCGCAGCUGUACGUCAACGGGUGGCAGUUCGGCAAGUACGUGCACAACGUCGGGCCGCAGGACGCGUUCCCGGUGCCCGAGGGCAUCCUCAACUACCACGGCACGAACUGGGUCGCGGUGAGCGUGUGGAGUUUGGAGGCCGGCGGGGCGCGCGUCGAGGGGCUGGCGCUGGUGGCAGAUGCGGUGGUGCAGAGCGGGUAUGGGGUCGUGGCGACGGUGGCGGGAGGCGCGUGGGAGGAGAGGGCGGGCGCGUAUUAG